AUGACUAUUAAAGAAGAGGAAGUAAUUGAUGUUAUUCUUCCAAAGACUGCUCUUGUUGAUGAAAUUUUAGAAGUAAUUUUACAAAAAUUAUCAUUACCAUGGCCCACCUAUAGAAUCCGAUUAUAUGAUGUUAUAAAUUACCAGAUUAUAAAUGAAUAUGAGAGUACAGAUCAGCUAGAUACAGUACAGGAAAAUUUGAGAAAAUUAUACGCUGAGGAAAUACCGCAAGAUGAAAUCAAUUUAAACACUAAUGAUAGUGUUGUUAAAGUAUUUCAUUUUACAGAGGAGCCGUUAAGCACACACGGAGUUCCAUUUAAAUUUGUUAUUAAAACGGUGCGCCUUCGAAUGCGCCUAGGAAUGAAUGAAAAUGACUUUCAAAGAAUACAAAUUGCUAUUGUGGCAUCAGGUGAAGAGCCUCAUUAUAUAGAUUAUGAUGAUUUUGAAUGGACAGAUGAACUUUUGGGUCUUGAUUAUGAAAAACCAGAACAUGCGAGAAGAUUAAUUGAUACUGAUGAAACUAUAU